GCUGGGCGCUGCGGGGGUUGCAUGGCCCUGCGCGGGCGGCGAUGGCUGCGUGAUGGCCCAGCGCGGGCAGCCCGCACCGCACGCCAUGGCUGCCAAAGAGGAGCUGUACAGCAAAGUCAUCCCCCGGCGGAACCGGCAGCACCGCGCGGGGACCAUCAAACAUGGCUCGUCGCUGGAGAUCCUGCUGUCAAUGGGCUUCCCCAAAGCCCGGGCACAAAAAGCACUGGCAUCAACAGGCGGAAGAAGUGUUCAAGCAGCAUGCGACUGGCUGUUCUCCCAUGUGGGUGACCCAUUCCUUGAUGACACCCUGCCCCGCGAGUAUGUCCUCUACCUGCGCCCCACCGGCCCCCUGGCUCAGAAGCUGUCUGAGUUCUGGCAGCAAUCAAAGCAGAUCUGUGGGAAGAACAAAGCUCACAACAUUUUCCCACAUAUCACCCUUUGUCAGUUCUUCAUGUGUGAAGACAGCAAGGUCGAUGCUCUCACUGAAGCUCUGCAGGCCACUGUGAUGCGGUGGAAAUGCAAAUUCCCUGCCCCUCUGCCUUUGGAGCUCUACACGUCCUCAAACUUCAUUGGGCUUUUUGUCAAGGAAGAAAGUGCUGAGGUGCUCAAGAAGUUUGCUGCAGAUUUCGCUGCAGAGGCUGCUUCUAAAGCAGAUGUUCACGUGGAGCCCCACAAGAAGCAGCUCCACGUGACGCUGGCCUAUCACUUCCAGACCAGCCACCUGCCCACGCUGGAGAAAUUAGCGCAGAACAUCGAUGUCAAACUGGGCUGCGACUGGGUCGCCGCGAUAUUCUCUCGAGACAUUCGCUUCGUCAAUCACGAGACUCUGCAAGUGAUCUAUCCUUACACCCCCCAGAAUGAUGAUGAGCUGGAGCUGGUCCCAGGGGAUUUUAUUUUCAUGUCCCCAGUGGAACAAACCAGUACAAGUGAAGGCUGGAUUUAUGGCAUUUCCCUUGCAACUGGCUGUUCUGGGCUACUGCCUGAAAAUUACAUCACGAAGGCGGAUGAAUGUGGGACCUGGGUGUUUCAUGGGUCCUACUCAAUUCUGAAUACUACAUCUUCCCCAUCCCUUCAAGCUUUCACUGAUGGAGCCCUGGAAAGAAGACACCAGGAAGAUCAAGGACCUGGAGAUGCAGGGCCACUCACUAUCAUCUGCCAGAACGUGCAGCCCCUGAGAAUCAGCAGCCACCCAGGGCCCCAGAAACGCUGCCUGUUUGUCUGCAGACAUGGGGAAAGGAUGGAUGUCGUUUUUGGGAAGUACUGGUUGUCACAGUGUUUUGAUGCCAAAGGAAGGUACAUGCGUAGUAACCUGAAUAUGCCUCACAGCUUACCUCAGAGAAGUGGCGGUUUCAGGGAUUAUGAAAAAGAUGCGCCAAUCACCGUGCUGGGCUGUACACAGGCAAGGCUUGUUGGUGAAGCCUUGCUAGAAAGUAAUACCAUCGUAGACUACAUCUACAGCUCUCCAUCCCUACGGUGUGUACAGACAGCACACAAUAUCCUGAAAGGUAUGCAACAAGAGAACAACCUGAAAAUUCGAAUAGAGCCAGGCUUGUUUGAAUGGACCAAGUGGGUCUCUGGGAACACAUUACCUGCCUGGAUACCCCCCAUGGAUUUAGCUGCAGCUACUCUAAGCGUUGAUACAACCUACAGACCUCAUAUUCCUGUCAGCAAGUUAGUGGUUUCCGAAUCUUAUGAUACAUACAUAAGCAGAAGCUACCAAGUAACAAAAGAAAUCAUCAGUGAAUGUAAAGGCAAAGGAAAUAACAUCCUGAUAGUGGCACACGCGUCCUCCCUGGAGGCUUGUACCUGCCAGCUCCAAGGGCUCUCGCCACAGAACUCCAAGGACUUUGUACAGAUGGUCCGAAAGAUUCCAUACUUGGGGUUUUGUUCAUGUGAAGAACUGGGAGAUACAGGCAUUUGGCAGCUUACGGACCCCCCCAUCCUCCCUCUCACACAUGGACCAACUGGAGGCUUUAACUGGAGAGAAACCUUACUACAAGAAUAGGCAAAGCUACAUGAGCACGGAAAACCCAUGGCCUUUCUAAGCAUUGGAGAAUGUCUCUUUCUUGUGUUUAUUGACAGUGGAAAAAAUAAUCAUAAUAUCUUCAGUGAAUCACACAAAUAGCUGUUGUAGCAUAUCUCUCACACAGCCACAGUCAUGCAAAAAUUCUCAUGUACAACUAGGCAAAUACAAAAGGGAGCAAUCUGAGGGAAAAGAGUAUUGAAAUACAGAUUGAAGCUCUUGCACAGCAGGAAGUCUCUGUUUAGUCAGUAGCUCGGGUAGAUUUUCCCACCUUGAAUGGAGCUCUGAUAACACCAGUAACUUUCACUGCCUUCUGCACCUUGUUAGAAAUACCCAGCACUGUGUAAAAGUCAAACAUUCAAGAUGCUGAGGGGUUUUUCACUACUAUUUUUGCAAAGCAUUAGCAGGCUUGUUCAGGACCACACGUUGACACCCUUGGCACUAACAACCCCCAGAUUCUCAGUUCCUUCCACAAAGCCUGUCACCACCAGCUGAAAAUGAGAGUUCAGCAUUGCCUCUGCAGACAGCAUCAGAAUAUUCCUCUACUCUAGUUGAGCACUGUGCCAGGUGCUGUGUUGGCCACAGUGGAUGCAAAGAUUGAUCCACACUGAGCUGUGUCAGAAGAAAACUCUGUAUCUCACAUCAGUUACAGAAGUUGUUUGCAUAUCAAAAGACAGUACCAUAGUCAACAAAUACUGGGAGCAGUUUCUUUUAAGUGGAAAUGAAAUAAGCCUUUUCCAAUCAAACCUGACAAAUUUUGAAGUUGGGGUCAUUUUAGAUUGAGGGGUUUUUUUCUUUAUUUAGGUUAUCAAAAUCCACCCUUGUGCACAGACCCAACCUAAAGUGUUUGUGUUUUUCCCUUCAGAAGACUUUGGAAAAGGGUUGCCCCUUUUAUACUCAGGUUUUGUGCUGGUUACACAGUGGUGGCCUUCUUUCCCUUAUGAGGUUUUCUGUCAGCCCUGGUGAGAUUCUGCAGUAAGCAGCUUUCUUCAGGAGGUAAUGAUGAAAUCCAAAAAGACACUCAAAUUCACCCUUCACCACAUGCUUUGCUUGCUUUUCUUUAAUUCCUAAGUGCCAUCUGUCAUAAAGAUAAAGCAGAGCUAAGAAAACAGUACACUUACAUUUAGUAGCAACAUGCUUUGGCCUAUUCAGAUGCUACUUAUUGGUGGGGGAAGGAUUAGGAUGUUGGGAGAAAGGAAAGAUAAGGGUUUCCAUCUGUAGCUUGAAAACUUUGAAAUCACCAGAAGUGUCCUGUUAGUGCAACAGUCUGCAAGAUGCCAAUAUCAGCUGCUUCACAGGAGAAUGCAAAAUACACCACAGUGGGUAGUUCAUAGUAUCAACUGGUUUCAGAGUAGGUUUCUUUAAGAUUAAUAUUACCUUAAGUCAUCAGCUUUGGGUAAAAGAGUUCCUGCAGAUAUUUGUACAGGUUUUAUCAGUGUAGGCUUGCUUUCAGAAGGUACUUAAAAACAUGCUUAAAUAGGAUGAAAGAGAUUUAGGCAUACUCCUUCCUUGAUUUUGGCCAUAAGUCUGAGUAUUCCCAUACAGGGUACCAAAGGAAAGUUUAUAAGUACCAGCAAAGAAAUUCUGGCAUCCUGGGUACUCCUCUUCUGUCCAGCAGUUCCUCUGCAGAAGGUGUUACGUGUCCUCAUUUGAAAUGCUUCUAUGGCACAGAACUUUAUACUGGCCAACUUUGACAAAGGCUUAUUAAAGUUUGGUUUGUUCUGGUUUCUUUAAACCUCUCAAGCUUUUGGCAGGACUGGUCCCACCUUCAGAGGGAUAUGACUGAGCUGCACUUUCGUCAGUCAGAACGAUUAAGGAGUGAUAAACUGCCAUCCAUUCUUCCUAUAAAUGAGGCAAAACACUCAGGAUUGCCAUAUAACAAAUCAUAAGAGGAUUUAGCUCAGCUUUGACUCUGGGAUUUAUUGAGCUUUCCAGGGAUAGUAGACCAGAUUCUGUACAUACUUUGAGUCAGCAGAGAGCUCAUCCUGUGCAAUAUGUACACUGUCACAAUCUGUAACAAGAAUCCAUUAUUUAUACAUUUAUGACUAUGUCAUACACAGUAGACCAUUCGUUAAGUGCAUUAUUAUACCAGGGAUGUAUACUGAAAAGUCAGGGAGCUAACUUAUGAGAUGACAGAAGAAACUGCUCCCAUGCAGUUACACUGCUGUCACUUUUGUUUUUAACUGUAAUUUAAACUAUUUUUGGCUGUGUACAGACAUUCUGAAGAGUAUUUCUGGCUUGUUUUCCUCCACCUGCAAACUUGCAAAGAGUUUAAAACUAAAUAGAUGACAAUCACACCAAAACUAGUUUGGUUACUGAUGCACAUGUAAUUCUCCAGACUGCUUUUUGUUUCAUGCUAUGAGCCAGCAAUAUGUAAUUUGAGGGAACAAAUAUUGUCUGUACAAAACAGUGGAGGUUGCUCAGGUCCUGCUGUAGUUAAGGAACAUGACAAGGGGCUUAUUUAGACAGAAGCAUGAAACAGAGAGGGAACAAAAUCUGAAUGCACAAUUUGAAUAUUGUACUGGCUGAUCUUUGCAUAUAGUAAUAUAGACAAGUGUUCUGUUUGAGGAGGUAGAUGUUAAAAUAGUCUCUUCUUUUUAAAAAAAGUCUAUUUUUUGAUGUUUGGGAAAGUAUUUUAACAAUUGUAGUCUUAAGUUAGCUUUUUCAAGUGUCAAGAAUCUCAGAAAGAAAGACCUUAUUUUCUUCUAGCAUUUUGAUUUCUCCUAAGGGUUUUGAGUUAAAUAAUCUCAUGUUGAUAAGGCUUAUUUUGGGGAAAAAAUGUUCCAUUAAAAUUUGUAAUUGAAGUGUUAAGAAGACAAAAUAAUUGCUGCUUCACUUUCACUCCAUUGCUGCUCAUUAAUGUGCAUUUAAUGUCACUUCAGUGUCUUGUCCCAGUGUCUUGAUCUAAAGUGUGUGGAAGUCUUUUCCUUGCCUUCCCUGUGAGCUGCAUCAGAUCCCAACAGUUUAAUUAGGUUACAGGAGGUAAACAGCAGUUCCUAGAGUUUUCCUUCUCUUCCCAAUUAAGGAAUAAAGCUGGAAAUCUGUCAAGAAUAAGUUGUCCAGGAUUUUCAUGAACUGCAACUUCAGGGUUGGGCCAGAAAAAUACAAGAAGGUCAAAACCAGGGUAUUUGAGAAAGUUCAGGUUGGAUCAAGAGUUUGUCCUUAUCACUGGACUUUGUAUCUCCCUCUGCUGAAGUGGAUGGGAGGGGUCUGCAGCUUCCCCCAACCCCAAGGCUUCAGCUCUGCCUGGAGACACCUUUCUAGCUUAAUGAAGGUGCCAGGUCUAAAGUUUCAUGCAUUUCUCCUACACUUAGUGCAGUGGCAGCUACAGCCAAAUACUUAAAUCCUCUGAGCAUGGAGCCAGGUUCUCUGUUGAGUGUAAAUUGACACUGCACACUCAAAUCAAGAGAGCUUUGCUUGUUUAUGCAAACUGAGGAUCCAGACCAUAACUUCAGAAAAAAAACCCAACAUUUCCCUUUUCACUCACUCUGAAUAGUUUCAGAAAGAAGUCAGCUGAUGGCAGGAGUCACCUCCUCUCCUCUGGUGUUCAGCUUCUAGUGGCAACAAUAGUAUGAAAGUGAUGAUUUCCAUCACUGUAUAAGUGGUUAUUGACCAGAAUUUUGCAGGAAUUAUCUUUAGUGAAUGCAAAAUUUGGUAAUUCUGCACAACAAAGAGGAUGGAAGUGAUGCUAGACAGUUUUUUCUCAGUGUAUGAUGUUGUAUCCACAGCCCUGAACCCCCCAAGUAGCAAUAUCUCAGGGAUGUGGGUACUGUCAUUUCUGACUGUGCAGCUCUUGGGGAAAAAGCAAGGUCAGAGGAUGGCGGGGGAGGGAGUUGUGAACAGCACUGUGACAAACAGCCUCUCCACUUAGUCCCUGCAUACACCACUGGAAGUGAGAGGUUGGGAACUUUUCCCUCUAGGUCCUUACCAAGGCCUGACCCAGACUCCAGAAAAAUAGGAAUAUCCCCUAAUAAGGAAUCUAGAUCCCAAUAAUGAACUAGAUGUCCUCUAAUGAGGAAUUUGGAGGACUCAUAUCUGAGCAGGGUUGAGCCAUUCCAGUCCUGAUUUAACAAAUGCAUGCACAAGUCAGGUGAGAUUUAGUGUCUGCUUUACCCCUGUCCAAUUGACAAACCAGGACACUAGAUGGUUGAGUCAGACUGUAAUCAACUAACCCUCGUUUAAACCCAGAGCAGGAAAUCAGUUUGCAAUGCUUCACAACUUAAAGUGCAUUGAAAUUCUGAAUGAAAACUAUUGUUUACAAAGGGAGUCUCAGUAGGUUUGGUUUGUGGUUUGGUUUGUUAUUUUAAAAGGAGCCUAAGCAUAGAGGAAAUUAUUUGAACUUUAAAAAUAUCCAUGAAACAGUGGUGGUACCAGACAUGCUCAAAACGAUGAAUGAAUGAACAAAAAAAGACAAUUAAGCAGUAAGUGGGACUGGUUGCAUACACCUUAAACCACUACUUACUUCUCACCACUUCCUCAUACACUUGUUCCCUGGGGAAUAUUCAUGAGACAUACAUGCUACAUAAGAGAAAAUACACAGCCAGUUCCUUUCUAUUACUUCCCAUUAAAAUGUCUUUUCUCAAGUUUCUCUCUGUGGACAUCUCUUAAAACUUGAUGUUAUCAAUGGAUACUUUUUUGUUGUUUCCAUUUUAAAUCUGUUGUAUCAUUCUGUUUAUGAUGUUUUUUUUAGUGUGAGCAGAUUGUAUUUAUUUGAGGAGAAAAAUGUUUGCUGUUUAAAAAGAAAAUCAAUACUUGUAUUGCCAAAAAUAGCUAUAAUUACCUGUGACAUCUGUAUUUUUUUAUUUUGGGGGAUUGGUUGGUUGUUUUUAAGCUCAGUUUCAAGUGCUAACAACUGUUAAAACAACCACUGCAUUUUAAUUUGCUUAUGACAUUAAAUGGAUUUCUUGGAAGUCAGACAAAAA